AGGUCAAUCUAGUAUUGUUCGAAGAGUCAUAGAAAAAUCAUCAGGUAAUGAGUUUGCUGCCAAAUUUACAUUUGUCCGUAAAGACACAAACAAAGAAUUCUUUCGUCAUGAACUGGAUAAUCUUUUAAGAAUGAGCAGUAAAUACAUUGAAAAACUUCAUGAUGCCUAUGAAACCCAGCGGCAGCUCAUACUUGUUCUGGAACUAGUAAAAGGCGAUGAUCUUUUGGAUUUAGUCACCAGUGACAUUAACUGGUGUGAAGCAAAAGCUGCCCAAAUUGUUCAAUUACUUUUGCAGUCAUUGAAAGAUGUUCAUAGCUCCAAUGUUAUUCACUUGGACAUUGAGCCAACAAAUGUCUUAUUCACUGGCAGUGAAUACAAUUCAUUACAUCUCAUUGACUUUGGAUAUUCUCGUAAACUACCAUUGUCAAGUGAAAUCUGCUUCAACUAUGGAACACCUGAAUUUUGCUCACCAGAAGUUAUUGAAAAUCAGCCAGUGAGCAGUGCAACAGAUAUAUGGGCAGUUGGAGUCAUUACACAUUUGCUGCUUACAGGUGUGAUACCUUUUUUUGGGGACUCAGUAACAGAGAUCUUAUCUCAAAUACAAGUCUGUCAACUAAGCCUCGAUGGUAGCCUUUAUUCAGAGUUCUCACAAGAUGCUGUUGACUUUAUCUCUAAAAUAUUGGUUCUGGAUCCUAAGUCACGUCUUUCUUUGGAUGCAUGCCUGAAUCAUAACUGGUUCAAAGUUGUUAGCAAAAAAGAAUCCAAAAAGAUUGAUACUGGCAGGCUGAAGGUGUUCAGUGAGAAAUACAAAGAAAAUCAAAGAUCCAAAGGGAUAAAAACACUUGCUAACCUAGUAAGUCUGAAGCAGCUGAUGGAUAUUGAAAAACUUCCUCGGGGGUUACAUCCCACCAAAAAUACACAGACUGGAGAAAUUGUUUUACCUAACACUGAGAAGUAUGGUGAAUACUCAGAUCAAGAGUCAUGGUUUGAUUGGCAAGCUAGAAAUCAAUUAGGACCAGAUGCCGAGGCCUCAAGUAAAAGCAUUUCGGAAACGGAAGUAGUCCCGCCUCCUCUUGAGAAAGAAUUAAGAUGGAUGGAGGAAUUCAGUGACCCAGACAAAACUGAAGUACCCAUUUCAGUGCACAGUGAAUCAAAAAGAUCAUCUGUGGCAUCCAUCUCUUCAGAAGGAGUGCAAGGUCCCAUUUUUACUGAAAAGCUGCAUGAUUUAGCUUUUAGUGUUAAUGACACUGUUAUUUUACGAUGUAAAAUUGCUGGAGCUCCAUCCCCUUCGGUAGUAUGGUACAGAAAUGAAGAAUUGUUAAAUGACAGUGGCAGACUUAAGAUAAAAUUAGAAGAAGAUGGUGAGGCUAGUUUGACUAUUAAAAAUGCACAGUCAUAUGAUGCUGGUGUUUAUAAGUGUGUUGGACGCACAAAACUGGGUAGAGUCUCCAACAAGAUGAGACUGCUUAUUGGAGAUGUUCCUGGAAGGCCCGGGCAACCAGUAGUUACCCAAAUAUCAAGUUCUAAAGCUUUAAUUAUCUGGGAGGCACCAAAAUCAGUUGGUCAUUCUGAUGUGUUAUUCUAUAAAGUAGACUACAAAGAACAAAAAAAUGACAAGUGGACUGUAGGAAUUUACACAACUCAAGAGGUUGCUUUAGUUGAUUUCCUUAAACCUGAAACUUGGUACAGAUUUCGAGUUUCUGCAACUAAUCGCUUUGGUACCGGUCACUAUAGCUGGUCAUCUGCUGAGUAUCAUACUAAAUCUGAAGGCAGUGCAUUAAAAACAACUGGUGAAUUUUUCAACCUUAGCAAGCUGAACUCUGCACAGACAUUAAUACAGCCAAAGAUGCCAUCUGACAUUGAUGACAUUGCAGAAGAAACCAAAAUUGAAGUUCCUACAAUCCAAUUAAUACAGCCUGACAAUCUUUACAAUAUUGGAGAUGUUAUUUACACAGGUAAAUUUUAUGAAGAGAAAAGUAUCACUCUACCCUCUGACAACGACAAACCUUUCAGGCUCAAAACUACCCCGUUAAAAACAGGACUUAAUGAAUUUGAGAUUUUGAAAACUCUGAAACAUGAAAAGCUCGUUCGUAUGUUUGCAGCAUUCACUGCUGAAGACAAAAUUCAUCUUGUAUUAGAACAUGCAGAAGGCGAUCACAUUGCCUUACAUCUGUCACACAAGAGAAUGUAUUCAGAGCAUGUUGUGGCAUCAGUCAUUAGACAGGUAUUGAAUGGAUUAGAGUUUUUGCAGCACUCAAACAUUGUCCAUCUCAAUCUACAACCUGCUUCUGUAAUUGUUUCCAAGUUGGAGGGAUGUGAAGUUAAACUUACUGAUUUUUCUUUUGCCAAAUUUAUUCCAAGUCCAGUUGGGGAAGUAGUUCCCAGACAAGGAUAUGCUGACUUUAUUCCUCCAGAAAUUAUUGUUCAAGAUUUAGCUGGAUUUGCUGCAGAUGUUUGGGGUGUUGGUGCAAUAGCAUUUUUACUCCUAAGUGGAGUUUCAACAUUUGGUGGUGUAAAUGAUGAAACUACAUUAGUCAACAUUGCACUUAAUCGAUAUGAUGCAGGACACUUGUAUGAAAAUGUGUCCUCAGAAGCCUUGAAAUUUGUCUUUAAAGUCUUGAAACGAUUACCCAGAAAUCGCCCAACCCUUCAGGAGUGUUUAGAUCAUAAAUGGUUGCAGGUGACAAAUUUCAAAGAGCAAGAAACUAAUGUAUUCCUGACCAAUACUCUGGCAUCAUUUGUGCAAAACUAUGACAAAAAUAGGCAAGAUGAUAAAUUUCAACAGAACUUUGAUGACUUAAAACUUCCUAUUGAAAUGAAUUUUAAAAAUUUUGAUUAAGUCAUACAAGUCUUUGUUAAUCCAUGUUAUAAUACUAAUUGCUUAUAAUUUUAAAUCUACAAAGAGGAGUUUUUUUUUCUUGUAAAAAUAAUAAAAGAAAUUCUGGUAAAACUAGAUAGAAAAAUUACUGCGAAAAGUUAGUAGUUAUUUUUGUAAAGCCUACAAAUGUACAAAUAUACCCACAAAUUAGUGCUUUAGCUUUAAUAUGGAUUGUGAUAUUUAUCUAUCUUAUUAUUUUUAUUCAAUACUAUUUUUAUAACAUAGUGCCAUACAGGUGUUAUAAUAUAACAUGUAUAUUUAAUAGUAUUGAUUAAACUGUCAAAAAAUGUCCUUGUAAUGGCAGUUUGAAUCAUACUAAAUUAUUUUUAAAGAAAUAUACUGCAAAUUCAAAUUUAUUUACAAUAUAUAACACUCACUUUGAAACCCCAAUACAUUAUUUUAAUUAAAAAGACUGAAAAAGGUUUUAUGGUUUACUUUGUAUAAGACCAAUUGGAUUCAAACUUAACAAAAACUGGAAAAUUGAUUUGCUUUGUUUUAAAAACUGUUUUCCAUUAAAAAAUCAGAUUCUUUCCUACACCCAUAAUUACCAGAUAUUGACAAUAUGUAGCUGAGUGUCCAUGUUAAUGAAUUUUCUUAGAGAUUUGUGUUUAGUUUAAAUUAGCAAGUUAUAAUGUUUAACCAAACAACCUAUCAUUUAUGCAUCAUAUAUUGAACUAUUAAUCUCAGUGCAGUUGUCCUUUUUUUUAAAAUUCAUAUUAGUUAAAUUUCAAACUUCACUAAUCUUGUGAUUACUUAGAGAGUGGAUUUCCUUCCAGACCAUGUUUCCAUGAGCUCUGCAUAUGAAAGAGCAGUGUGGUCAGCUCUUCCCAUCUGUCUUUACUUUCCCUAGUGUGAGUCAGGUACUUAUAACAGUGCACUCUUAUGUCCUAUUAAAGUAUAGGAUCUGAGACAUUUGGGUAAUUUAUCAUGUGCUCAACUGCUUGGCCAUGAUGUAGGCUACCGUGGAAGCAGUUAUCCGAAACUGUAAAAUGAUUGCAAAGAGUUUGUCAAUUGUAUUAAAAGCUUAUAAUUGUGCUUAAGUUUAACAAAAUGUUCACUAAAACAUAUUUUUUUUUUAAAUUAUCCUUUUUAGAUUCAAACCAAUAAAUAUUAGUAGGUUCAACUCAA